CAGGCUAUGACGGACUUCCAACGUGUCGGGGUUCAGACCAUCACGUCAUGCAAACACUUUUUAUUUUCCUAACAACCCUUUCUCUUCAUUUAUUACGAAAAAAAAAAUGGCGUUAGCCAAUGAACGGAUCAUAACACUUGACGACUUUUCGCAGUUGCAAGCAUUACUUGAUUAUGAGCAACAAGAGCGUGACAAACACAUUAUGCAAUGCCACCAUAAUAGAUCACCUAUGGCUCCUUCUCUUCAUAAACGACGUCAUCAGCAAUUUCGUCGUGCCAUUAACCCACAAGCAAGCUUACAAUCUAGUCUUGAAAGGGCUCGACUGGCUGAAGCCUCCAUGCGACUAAAAAGAAUGCGCACUCAGUAUAAACGUCGUCGUACGUUGGAGGUUCAAAUCUAUUUAGAUAAUUACCGUAGACAAGCUCUGGUUCGUGCUGUGUUACCUGAAGAAGAAGAGUUGUAUUACAGACAAUGCAUAGCUGCAGCACUUGAGGCAAGAAGAGUUCAAGCUUGUUUGCAAGAGUACCUUUUUUUGGCCAACCAAGAACCAGUUGUUGAAGAUGAUACGGAGGGUUAUGACGCAUAUCGUACCUUGCAAUUAGAGACCUUGCUAAGACAUCUGUUUAACCAACAAACUCAGGAAGAUAUUGAAUUUACUCCCAAGAGCGAACUUGAGGAAGCUGAGGAUAUGGCGGAAGUUUGGAAGCUUUUGUCAAACCAAAAGACUAAUUAUGAGACUCCUCGCUCGGCAUUUUUGGCUCCGGAUCAUGACCAAAAAGAAGGAUAUGUACAUAACGAACCUACAGGAGAUAACAAGGCUGAAGAGAUCAAACAUUCAAAUGAAGAAGCAGAUGAUAAAAACUUUGACUAUGAUAUUGAUUUCCCUCCUCUUCAAAAACAUGUGGUGCCUCUGCAGGACUUGAUACAGCGGUUAGCAUCAGAGCCAGUAUUGAUCGGUGAGCAGCAAACACAUUUCAGUGAUGAACCCAAGCCAUCUGGUAUUUGGGCCAAAAAAUCGCAUGCAAAAUCACCUCCACCUCCACCUCUGUCAACACAAACAGAAGAUAAGAAGGCGACCUUUUUACCUCAACAUAUUUUCACCGAAGCUGAACCCACACCUACACUCGAAAAUAUGCCGAAUACACCUUUGGGUCAAGAAGAAGAAGGAGAGGAAUCACAACAUUUUGUAAAUUCUGUGGCUGCUGAGCAAAAGAACGAGAUUGUACCACCCGAUCCCAAAAAGACCAAGAUGCUUGAAGAAUUAGAAUCUAUAAAACAUCAGCUACAGGACGAUGAUAGCGAGCUAGUCAAAAGAUGGAAACAUGUUCUGCAAGGGGGUGAUGAUGGAAGCCAGCAUUUGGAAUUCUCUAAACAACAGCAAGGAACAUUGGUUUUGACUGCCACCACUGGCUUUAAUCGACAAUUUUUAGGUUCUGAAGAUGAACUGGUUCGAACCUUGAUAAGAUUAGAUGCUAUUGAUAGCAUGGGUGAUGAAUGCAUUCGCAAAAAGCGAAAGAGUUUAGUUAAAACUUGUGAAUCCAUGUUGGAUAAACUGGAUGCUUACAAACAGACGCAAUGGGAAAAAGCAAUUGUUAAAUAAUAACUCCGUAUAUGUGGGUAAAAUAAAAUCAGAUCUCGAU